AUGUUCUCUUGGAUUCGGCUCCUCGGAGCCCUUCUUCUACUUGCCUCUGUGGCUCAAGCGCAGUUCCAGUUCUUCGAGCAUAUGUUUGGAGGUGGCGGCGGCGGUGGUGGUGGUCACCAGGGUCGUCAGCAGGCGGCGCAGAAUGUUCCGAGUGAUAGCUCGCGGUAUCAGAAUCAGUGGGAUUCAGCCCAUUGCGAUAAAUACCUCUGUCCUGGUACCCUCGCAUGCGUUCAUUUCCCGCACCAUUGCCCGUGUCCGCACCCCGAUGUCGAAGAGAAGGUUGAACUUGGCGAAGGAAGUGCCGUGUGUGUGUCGAAGGGAGGAUACAAGGCAGGUGAGGCGGCGCGGAAGAUUGAGUUGGCGCGCAAGGGUCUUUUGUGA